CCUACCUAUGCUCAUUGCUGGUUACCGCCGCAACAAGAAGCGAAACCUCUUAGCAAGGUUUGACUAAAUUGAAUCAAGGUCGAAGUUUGGCAUUUCCUAUGCAUAAUUUAUAAUAAAGAAAUUCUACUACAAUGUCCUGGGACUCUAAACCUGCCGUUAGACGGCGACAGAACAGCUCUGUGAGCUCUUCGCGAUCAUUACCGCACCAUGCAAAACAACUGUCAAAGCUACCUCCUCUACAACCUAAAUCUACUCAUGUUACCGACCCGUUUCUCCGGAGUUUUCUCUCUCCAUCGUUCGAUCCGGUCGAAUAUCUCAACGCUUCGCUCCCAACACUCCAAACCACUACGGCCUCGUCCGCUACCCGAACGACCGACAAUGCGGUCCCCUUAGCAGAAUUAUCUAGUCAAGCUCAGACGCAACUCUCCCAAUUGAAUGCCCAUACGACGAGGUUAACUACUAUCCUCACGCAAUUAACCGAUGACAUAUUACGAAGCGGGAGCCGUCUUGCGUACGAGGUUGAACUCCUGCGCGGCGAGACGCUAAGCUUAUCGGAGGCAUUAUCCGAUGGUCUACAAGACGAGAUAGCAAGGUUUAUUCCAAAAGAUAUACAAGAGCAACCCGAGACCAAGGAAAAGAGAGCUAGUACAGCUAUCGAGAGGCCACCGACAGACACGGUAGCUCCUGGAAGCCUAGAAUCCAUUCCGCAAAAUAGUACUGGCGUAGACCCGCCAUAUAUAAGUCAAUUACAAACCUUGACGUUAGUUCGGUCGCGACUGGACACUGUGGUUAAGACGUUUGGCGAAGCCAUGGAGUUUGUGUUCCCGCCUUCUGCACUUUCUGUCAGCUCGUCAUUCCUCUCCGUUUCCGCACCAGAGCCAGGUGUAGAAGCGCACAGCACAGAAGAGAAAGGACAACAAGUGCUCAAGCAGCUCAGGGAGGAGAUAUCAGGUUAUCUCACAAAAAGUGCAGAUCCUAUUGAGGGAAUAGAGAAAGCGGCACGCCGCAUAGAAGAGCUGAAAGAGUUAACAAAGGUAUGGAAAGGAACAGCAGAAGAAAAAGGAAGAACGAAGUUCAUUGAGGGUUUGGCCAAAAUGGUUGAGGAUCGACAUAAGGAGUUACUGAGAGAGGUGGAACAAAACAGCCGCCGUGAUGGUAAGGUAGACUUAGAUGGUAGUUCUAAGAAAGCUGCUGCUGCUACUGCUGCUGCUAGCUCUGACGGAGGUGGCACGGAGAACAAACCCCUGUAUGGAAUAAUGAGCCAGUUACAGAGACUCCGGGCAGGCCUACAAUGAUUUACCAGGUCAAAGUCUCAGGUGUGUAGUGUCCAGUUGUGAUCUGAACUAUGUGUAUGUGUGUGUGUAGAUAGCCGAACUUGCGUACCACUAUUUUUAAUUCUGCUUGUAGGCUCUUUACGACUUUGGAUUAGCAUGUUAACGUCCUUCCCCUGUCUUCAACGCCACACAAUUCUCCGUAGUGGUGUUCACUAGAAUAGACCUCACUUGCUCAUCUACAAUCUAGUUGACACAAACAAGCAGAUCUAUCCUACAUCUAUAUAACGAUGCCUCUGUGCACGGCCAUGUUGUUGAGGAAAUGUGCGAUAAUGGUGUGGUUGAGUGUAUUGCUAGAGCACAAGUGUGCUUUCACUUGGCUUGGCUCGCGCCAAACUGUGGUUCAGACAAUACAGCACAUUUGUGUUAUAAAUAUACCUCCCCAGGUAAACCCACGGUGAUGUGCUUUUAUAUCAUCGCGUAAUCCUCAAGUUAGGAAAAUCUUUCAAUUCAAAAUUUUGAACGGAACACAGCUGUGCUGAGUAUACACUUAUAGCCCAGCCUUUGCUUAGAUCUAACUUCCCAACUUACUAGUAAUAUGUUGUCAGCAGUUGUGCUCAUUGCUAAAAAGUUAACA